AUGAUCAAAAUCCCAACAAAGACUACCGCCUAUAAUCCCUCUCCCGCGCAUCUCACGAGCCGGGUUCAACACCUGCCAUACAACCCAAUAUCCAACCCUCUAUUGGUAUAUUGGUCGCUGGGUUCGACUCCCAGGACAAAGCGUGAUACAAAACAUAUCACUGUAACGUCAAAGUCCUUUGUCUGGGAAUCGAACCUAGUCUUCGCCCAUAGAAUGCGCAUGCCCCCAUGGCAGUAUGACAGGUGGGAGAAGGAGAAGAAAAAAAUCCGACAGCGGAGUCCCGAAGAGAGGAUGCCUAUCUAA